AUGCGCUCAACUUACGAACCUUCCGAUCCGAAGGCGAAUGGAGUUCCAACUCAAGAGAUUUUGAACGCUGACGACAAAUGGGGACACGGACAGUUUGGGGUGAUUCUGACUGGGAAUGUUCAAGUUUGUCCGGUUUGUUGAUGAACUUAUUCUUUUCCUUAGAAUCAUUAUUUAUCUUUAGAAUCACUUGGAAUACGUUCGAAAUGCGAUGGUCUUCCAGGAAGGCGAGAGAUCUUCACGAAAUUGGCCGAAACCAUGA